GUCAAGAAGCCGCACCGCUACCGGCCCGGCACGGUGGCGCUGCGCGAGAUCCGGCGCUACCAGAAGUCCACGGAGCUGCUGAUCCGCAAGCUGCCCUUCCAGCGCCUGGUGCGCGAGAUCGCGCAGGACUUCAAGACCGACCUGCGCUUCCAGAGCUCGGCCGUCAUGGCACUACAGGAGGCCAGCGAGGCCUACCUGGUGGGGCUCUUCGAGGACACCAACCUGUGCGCCAUUCACGCCAAGCGCGUCACCAUCAUGCCCAAGGACAUCCAGCUGGCCCGCCGCAUCCGCGGAGAGCGCGCCUGAGCUCCCUGCCCUUCUCCUUCAAACCGAAAGGCUCUUUUAAGAGCCACCACACGGCCACUUGAGAGAGCUGUUGUCUCUGCGUUACGGUGCAGGCAGGAGCAGCCGGUGCCGAGCACUUUAAUUGCUCAGGGUGCAGUGGGAAUUCAGGGAGAAAUGGGGGAGUGGGAGCGUUCCGUAGUGUCCAGGCGUGCCCUCCCCUUGUGCCCCGUGUGUUUGGGUCAUGGUGAGAGGUUCACCAUUGUCUAAAGGCGCCGGGGCUGAGAGGGUGUGAGGGGCCGUGCUGUGCUGGUGCAGGCGAGAGCCGUGCCCAGAGAAGGGGCAGCCUCAGGAGCGGGGCGGGCGAGGGGGCUUUUUAAGAGCACGGUCUUUGUUGCGUAGGGCGCUAAGGGGUGCUCGUGGCCGUUUCUUGUUCCCGCUCCGUCCCGCCCACCGGCUGGCAAAGAGAAGAGCGCCGCCAUUUCAGGAGCUCCCUCCCUUGCCCUUGCAGGCUGUGGCGGUAAAAGCGGUGCCGCGCCAGCGGCUACGGGAACAGCGUCUGGCCCCGACCUACCCCCGGCU